AUGAUAUUUUUCUCGAUCGUAGAUGUCUUCGAACCUCGUAAACAGCGCUUGACACGCCAGUUCAAGGUUCGCACCCUGGAGGACAUGGUAAAGUUGAACAAACGCAUGGCUGCUGUGGGUUGGAGUGACAGAGACUGUGAUGGUAUUCCCGAUCACCUCGAUCCCGACGACGACAACGACGGCUAUUUUGACAAGAAGCAGGACAGUGAUCGCGAUGGAAUUCUCAACGAAUAUGACGACGACGAUGAUAAUGAUGGCAUUCCGGACAUUGAUGAUCCUGACGCCAACGGAGACGGUAUACCCGAUUGUAUUAUCCAGGUAUAUUUUCUCUUCUAG